AUGUGUGACAUAUACAUCGAAAACAGUUUUGAUGACUAUUUCAACAUUGAGGAUUGUAGUGCAGUUUAUGAUAUUUACGAUCGAAUCCUCUCCAUAGUUUUGAUCCCCAUGUAUUUAUUGUAUAUCUUACUAUUACCAUUUUAUAUUUACGUGAACAGAAUUAAUCGGCGUAGAGAUGAAAAUGUUUUGAUAUUUCCAAUCACCAAUGUCUUUUACAAAAUGGUGAUAUUCACGUUGUUUGUUGUAGUAGCCAAAUAUAUUUUUUUUAUAUCUUUUCAAGUGUUUGCCGUGUUACCAAAUAUGAGUGAAACAAUAUAUUCCUAUGUUUCACUUUUUGCUUAUGAAUUUUGUCUGCUCUUACUUCGUGUGAACAACGCUGUAUUAGAUUUCUUUUUGAUAAUAUCGCCUAUCGUAAGAUUCCUCGUAUAUUUCUUCCCGUCUACCGAAAAACCUAUAACUGUAGCGAAUACCCAUAUUUACAAAAUCCUAGCGUAUUUGUAUGUUAUCCUAAUCAUCAAGAACUUUUUCUUUUUUUUAAUGGAAGUGAUUAAUGAGGAUCCAGUUGUCGAAUUGGAACUGACUGGAUGGGAAUGGAUUAAUUAUAUUCCUUACGUGCCUUUCUAUAGCUUCCAUGUUCUCAUCUUUUUAUCUGUCCUACUAUACAUUCCAAUAAUGAUUAAUAUCCGAAAGCAUUCCCAUCUGGCCUCGUACCAGCAGAAUCACCCACAAAGGUACAUCUUCUGGCAGACAGUUGUGGUUUUUAUAUUUAAAUCUAUGACACUUCCAAUAAUCAUUAUGUACAAGUAUUUCAACUACAAUAAUUUUGUAAAAUUGACGAGCGAGGAAACGGGAAUUGAAGAGAUAACUAUUCCAUUGGUAAUUGAACUGUCUUACCUGGGAUGUAACAAACGGAAUGUGACUGCCGCGUUCUCUUCGUUCAAACGUUUUUUAAAAACCAUUCUCGGCCUAAAAUCGGCAACUGUUCAACCGCAGACGGUUGCUAUAUCAAGCAUAAAUGUUUCUAAUUAG